GGAACUAUACCCCUCAUCAUUGACGAGGGAAAGACUACGAGUCUGGAGUACUGGAUAUUUUGAUGGUGGUAAAUAUCACCUUUAUGAUCUGGCCUCAGAAUAAGUUGUCGGCUAAGGAUAAAUUACUGAGGAUGUAAAAUACUUCUAUCAAAUAUACCCAUAAACCUUGAGUUUCCUUGAUCCAAAAGAUAUGAAAGUUAAAUUGCUUGAUCUUUAGACUCAUUAAAUCAAUGAAUCCUUUGUUUUUGCCGCUAGCAAUAUUGUUACAUAAAACAGUGAUUAGUUAUAAAAAGAAAUAUUAGCUGAUAAAUUUCGCAUUAUGAUGUUAGAGAGAAAAUAAAAUAAUGUUCGGUAUCUAAUUACUCAAGAUUUAGAAAAGCAAUAUUCGAAUAAUAGUGUCUGUCACUUUAUUAUUAGAAUCCUCCCUUUAAAGUACACACAUGAAACUUAAUUUGAUCUUAACCCUGUUUUUGAAUAUCACUAUCCUAAUAUAACUAAUAAUGAUGAAUUGUUUAAUUGGUAGGUUGAUGAAGAAACAUUAGUUAUUUAUGGGUAAGACUUUGAAGUUUCAUAGAUAGAAAUCUUAUUAAUUAAACCACAUCUAGUUUAAAAAGCAUUCUACAUUAUUCAUUUUAAGAUAGACGAUGCUGUCACAUUAAUCAAUGUUACUAACUGGAUACAUCCACAUUUAAUUGCUUUAUGGGUCAAUAAUAAUGAUUCACAAAUGAGACCAACAAUUUUGACGGUUGAUAUAAGAUCUUACUAUAAUGGUAAAGAAUGGUUACCUGAACCAGAAUGUAAUUCAACUAAAGUAAUGGAUACAAGAUUAGAAAAAGAACAAGUUACUUUUAUGGACAUCUAUUAAUUUAAUUUAAGUUAAACGUAUGUAUGCUAAUUUAGACUGAUUGAUAUUAACCCUAUGCUUUCCUUCAUUAAUUAUGCCAAUGUUCAUUAACUUGAAUUAAAUGAUGAAGUAAAAGUGGACGACUUUUUCCAUGAAUUCCCAAACAAUAGAGCUUAUCUUUUGACAUAUAAUGAUUUAGAAGUAAAAAAUGGAAUUGUAGAAUUUUCAGUGAUUUAUUUUUCUGACAUAAGACUUUAAUAGCUUUAAAUAAUGGAGAAACUACACCUAAUUGAUUAAUAUGGCAUUAAUGUUAUUGAAGAAGUGGUUGAUUUUCAAAUAUGA